GUGACGUGUUGUUGUCAACGAUGCGUGAACGUAACAUUCCAUCGUUCAAACCAACUUUAACAAUUAUUUGCAAUGCAAAAACUUCUACCGAAAUCAGUCACUCGUCCCUUGCUCGAGAGAUAGGAAAUACUUCACUAAGUGUUUUCAUUUUUGAAGUAUUUGCCAAAGAAGACAAAGCACAAAUGUUGUUGUUUCUGACACAUAAAUUCGACUGAAGAAAAUCUUUCAACUAUUUACUUCGGCAAGAAAUGUCGAGAAAAGAGAAAGGCUAUCGUAGCUCGUUGGCCCAUUCAAUGGGAAACGGACAAAAUACCACGGACAUAGAGGACAACGCUGUAGAUGGACCAAAGAGUGAGAUACAGCAUGGCCUCAGACGUUUUUCUAAACGAACUUGCAUUCAGUUUGUGCCGACCAAGAAUGACCGAGAGAGGUGUGGCUGUGGACUGGGUAAGAGAGCCCAUAGCUUGCUAGCAUUACGUCACAUCCCGAGCAGUGAAAUCACAUGGAACCCAUUAGUGAACACAGGCACAGAGCCUACCGACGCCUAUGGACAGAUAGAGUUUUCUGGYGCUGGACAAACAAGCCGAGCUAAGGUCGGUGAUUCGUCGUUAGAUGACAUCAUCUGUCAUGUGGUUGUUGAAUGGAAGCUAAAACUGCCUAAACUACUGAUUUCUGUAACUGGAGGCGCAAAGAGUUUUGUGCUUCAUCCAAAACUAAAACAAGUUCUUCGUCAAGGUCUUCUUAAGGCAGCMAAAACUACUGGUGCUUGGAUCAUCACUGGAGGAACUAACACAGGAGUAAUGAAGCACGUAGGGGAGGCAGUUCGGGGACAGACUGUGACGUCACAUCCGGUGAUGGACGAUGACACGCAGCUGCAUCUAAUAGGGGUCGCAACAUGGGGCAUCAUAGAACACAAAGAAAGCCUUAUUGACAACAAGGAUACAGUGACGUAUCACAUGACGUCAAGUAUGGCGUCAUCAGGGGCGUGUCUAGACAACAACCAUACACAUUUUAUUCUUGUUGACAACGGCAGUCAGGGUCAAUAUGGCGUCGAAAUACCCUUCCGCGCGUCGUUGGAGAACGCCAUCUCCAAAAGAAAAAUGUCAUCAGAAACGAAGCAUGGUAUCCCUGUGGUACUACUAGUCCUCGAGGGAGGACCCAAUACGAUCCGUACGGUGUUAGAGUCUGUGACGAGAAGUCCCGCUGUGCCCGUGGUMAUUGCAGAGGGCAGCGGUCGCGCUGCUGAUAUUCUAGCAUUUGCGCACCGAUUCAUAGUCGAGAAUGAAGGACCCGAGAUUACAGAGCUUCAGGAUCUCGUUGAACAUCGGCAGUUGUUACAAAAGAUCGAGYUGGCCUACCCUGGAGAGAGCGAGGAAAGCGUACUUGAUAUUUAUAAGAAUGUUCUCAAGUGUGUCGGCAACAACUGAGCAUGCGUCAGCCGCUGACCAGUUGUCUUUGGCGUUAGUUUGGAAUAGAGCAGAUAUYGCUAUGUCUGAAAUCUUCAUAGAAUCACAUCGAUGGAAGAUGGAAGACCUUGAGGCCGCUAUGAUGGACGCCUUGAAGAAUGACCGUGUUGAAUUUGUCAGCUUGUUAUUGGAGAAUGGUGUUGGUAUGGGACGUUUUCUCACCAAAGAAAGACUCUUCACUCUCUACAAAGAGCGUUCCAAGAUCAGUGUUGCCUUCCAGGAAAUGAUCGGUGACAGUAAGUUGAGGACUUUUACCCUUCAAGACAUUGAUUGUGUUAUUGACAAAAUGCUUGGAGGAUCACGUAYCGGACAACUAGCUAUGGGUUUUGAUGAGAGCAUAAUUCGAUUCACUCUUCACAUGGAGUCUGAAUCCCAGCAUCCAUUCGACGAUCUGUUCUUGUGGGCUGUGCUSUGUAACAUGCACAAAAUGGCGGUGUUCAUGUGGGAAAGAGGUGGAAACAACCUCGCGUGCGCCCUCGUUGGCGCAAAACUGUACAUGGAAAUGGCUUCGCGGCUGGAGGGAGAUGAGCUGAGGGGUGACGUGUACGAGCAAAUAACAGCAAAUGCAAAAGAGUUCAAAGAUGUUGCUUUGUCCUUACUUGACGAGUGUUCUCGCGCUAACGAAGUCGCAACUCAAAAGCUUUUGACGUAUCAUCUGGCUGACUGGUGCGGUCACACGUGUCUCUCACUCGCGAUCAUGACUGAACACCAGGAGUUUGUAGCRCAUGCGUCCUGUCAGUCCCUGCUGACAGAGAUUUGGAUGGGUGCCAUGCGUAACCUAUAUCUGCCAUCGUUGAAGGUCAUUCUUGGCAUAAUGGUACCUCCCACCAUCUAUUUCCUGGACUUUAAGACUAAGCGAGAAUUAUCCUUGUUACCUGUUACCUUUACUGAACAUCAAACCGAAAUGGAUGGUAAUGAUUCAAGCUGCUCUAGUGAACAGGGAGAAGAAAUAUUUGGAGAAAAGAGAAAAAAAGAAAAAGUUGUCAAAAAAAGUACCUACGAAAGAAAAGUAGAAGCAAGAUCUACUUUCUAUGGCAAGUCGAUUGACUGUCAUGUCAAGACGUUGAGUGCUGGUCGAAAGUUGCUAGAGUUCUACCGUGCGCCUAUUACCAAGUUCUGGGCCAACGUUAUUGCAUACCUGAUGUUCCUUAUGCUGUUCAGUUACGUGAUUGUAGUAACCGAGCGCAGUUAUCCUCUUAUCGCAGAGAUCGUUCUCAUUGUUUUUGUUUGUUCUCUUUGCACUGAAGAAAUCAGGCAGAUUUGUCAGUCAGAUGUAUCUACUUCAAAUAACAAAUUCAUCGCUUGGGCUUCCAGUAAAUGGAAUAUCUGUGAUGGRCUCGCUGUGGUAUUCUUUUUUGUAGGCCUGGGGCUAAGAUUCAACGAACCCACUGCCGCGAUUGGUCACGUGGUUUAUAGCCUMGAURUCAUGUUAUGGAUUAUUCGUUUAUUGGAUAUUUUCUCCGUCAGUAAGCACCUUGGUCCAUAUGUGGUUAUGAUUGGUAGAAUGACUGUCGAUAUGCUGUAUUUUCUWUURAUUAUGGUUGUAUUUCUAUUGGCCUAUGGCGUCGCACAGCAGGCUAUUCUGUUUCCAAAGGAACGAGGAUCCUGGGGACUUAUCUCCAAGAUCUUCUUCAGACCGUAUUUCCAGACUUACGGAGAGUUGUUCAUCACGGACCCUAUACAACUGACAGUCAACAGCACUACUACAGAAUUUGACACUCCUAAGCACGAUGAAUACAGCGGCACCAUUGCUACAGUCAUCAUGGCCUUCUACCUUCUUGUGGCAAAUAUUCUUCUUUUAAACCUGCUCAUUGCUAUUUUCAACAAUACUUUCUCGGAGAUCCAAGCCAAUUCAAACCAAAUAUGGAAGUUUCAGCGAAGUGUUGGUUUGUCUUUAGUGACAGUCAACAGCACUACUACAGARUUUGACACUCCUAAGCACGAUGAAUACAGCGGCACCAUUGCUACAGUCAUCAUGGCCUUCUACCUUCUUGUGGCAAAUAUUCUUCUUUUAAACCUGCUCAUUGCUAUUUUCAACAAUACUUUCUCGGAGAUCCAAGCCAAUUCAAACCAAAUAUGGAAGUUUCAGCGGUAUGAUCUYAUCAUGGAGUAUGCGCAGAGACCAGUCCUAGUCCCUCCGCUCAUUAUAUUGAACCAYGUGAUUGAGCUGCUGUGUUGCUGUUGGAAUGGACUAUGCUGUUGUCGUGACAACCGACGAGAUCGGAAAGUCUUGGCUGACAACAGAUUGAAAUUGUUUCUUGAUAAAUACGAGAAAGAAGAACUGCUAAUGUUUGAGGAACACUGUCUGUACUUGUACCUCCACCACAAGGACACGCUAUUUAACGCUACGUCAGAAGAAAGGGUUCGAGUCAUAGGGAACAGAGUGGACUUUGUUGCCAGUCAACUAGAUGAAAUGGCCAGAGAAACAUUCAACCGAGACACAAAUACAAACAAAACACUUMYAGCCUUGACAGGGAAAGUAAAAACGCUGGAAAACAACACUAAGACAAUCUUAAAAUUGUUGACUUCUUUGCAUGGACUGAACCCUGAGAGAUUCGGGAUAACUGACUCGGACGAUGAAGAUGUUAGGAGUGCCAAAGGAUCAGAUAUUCUGAGCUACUUCGGCACAAAGCGAGCCAAACUCUCUGGUGAUAGGUCACCAUCUCCUGUUCGCCGAACUGCUGCCCAUGCAAAGGAAGCAUUUUGUACCUUACGUAGUAAGAGCGUAUCGCCACCCAUUGUACCAGAAUCAAAACGAAGACGCCGCAGUGAAGGCUCUCCUUCAACAUCACCUGUUGUACCGCUAGGAGAUGUAUUGCCCAGGGCAACAAGAAGUCCAUCAAAAUACACAGCAAUUAGAAAACCCAAGAGAUCRCAUGACAUUGAUGAGGCUGACUUURCACACAACAUCAAAUCGACGCGCAGUCCGUAUCCCAUGACAACCAUAGAGCGAUAUUCAGUGAACGAGCAGGAAUUGGACUGGGAGAAUUUAAUGCCUUGGUACAGUCCUCCAUGCUAUACCGCUGACGCCAUCAUCGCAGCAUCUACCGACCCAGACCUCCAUAGUAUUUCUGCUGAUGACGUCAAGAUUUCGUUCAAUGAAUUUGAUGGAAAYAUCAAYAGGAAAAGCCAUACUGGGCGAUAUGACGUCAUCAAUGGAUUACCAAGGAAUCCUGCUGGACGAACGGGUCUUGUUGGCCGUGGGCUACUUGAGYACUGGGGACCAAAUCGUAUCGCUUGGYACAUAAUAACACGAUGGCGCAAAAAGGAYGACGGAGACAUUGAGUCACGUGGCAAACGUAAAGUCCUGGAGUUCAUGGCGUGGAAGACUGGGACGAACCAGAAAUGGUCAUUACCAGAAGAGAAACAAGUAAAUGUUCCAGAAAAGAGURACGUAGAGGGCGUUGUCCUUGAAGUGGUCUCCGAUUCUUUCAAGAAACAGUUUAUUGAUAAUAUAACAUUGGCCAUGUCGGACAGCUUAAAAGAAGAAAGAUACCACAAAGAAAAACUGAUAAGAGAACAAUUAUUUCAACAAGGAAACGAGGUAAAACAUAUGUCGUUAAUAGAGAGUUUUAGCAUCACGUUGACGGCAAACGGCUAACGGCAGAGCUGAACCAAUGACCUAAGAAUUUCGUGCCCGACMUUGUGCUUUUGGUAGYCAUUGGAAAGAGCAAGUUUUCAACCCGCUCUUGCGUUGAAACUGCAACGUUAAACUCAAAAAAGCAGG